AUGAAGAAUCCGAACCCAGCACUUGUCGGAGCAGUGCCUGGAGUGUACAUUGCAGGCGAAGCAGCAGGUGCCUUGUUCCAGGUAUUCGUCUCUGACUGGCUUGGUCGAAAGAGGUUCAUGAUGGUCCUUUGCGUCAUUGUCACUGUCGGCUCAGCUCUUCAAACCGGUGCUCCCAAUUUUGCAGCUUUCCUCGUAGGUCGUGUUAUCGCUGGUUUUGCAGUUGGCGGACUUAUUGCGUGCGUGGUACUAUUCAACACAGCCUCGUCCGAAAUCUCGCCGCCCCAUGCCCGCGGCCUUGUCACGGGUAUUUCAGGUAUCGGAAUUUCGUUAGGAACCAUGGUCUCCAAUUGGAUUGGUCUGGGUGGCGCAUAUGCACCCUAUGGGCAAAUACAGUGGCGGCUGCCGCUAGGACUUCAGAUUCCUUGGGGAAUCUUCCUCUUCCUGGCUCUGCUCUUUGUCCUUCCGGAGUCUCCGCGCUGGCUAUACAGGCAUGGUCAUGAGGAGGAAGCACGCAAAGCCUUCAUCUCAAUACAUGGAGGAAGCUUCGGAUCGGACCGUGAGGCGGAGGCGGAAUUCAUUUUGAUGACGAAAGUUAUCGAGGCAGAGCGGUCCCAAGAGGUAGACUCAGUCCGCGAGAUCUUCGCUAGAUAUCCUAAGCGGACGAUCAUCUCCAUGGCGUCGCAAACCAUGACUUCCCUGACCGGUGUCAACGUUAUUCAAUACUAUCAGACAAUUCUGUACAAGGCCCUCGGGAUGACUGGGAACAACAUCCUCUUACUGGCCGGAGUCUAUGGCACUGUUGCUCUGAUCGCAAACGUACUCACUACAUGGUUUAUCUGCGAUCGUUUCGGGCGUCGACCGAUGCUCUUGCUUGGUCUACUCAGUGUCGUCAUUGUCGAUGCGUACAACGCGAUCAUGACCGAUGUCUUCGCAACUAGCUCCAACAAUGUUGCCAAGGGCUUUGCAAUAUUGGGCAUCUAUCUCUUCGUAACCUGCUACUAUGGUUUAUUGAACUCAACCACAUGGCUUUAUGCGCCAGAGAUUGUUCCUUUGCCAAUUCGUUCCAAGGUCACAGCGCUCGGAGCCUUCACUCACUUCGUCGUCAAUGUAGGACUCACCGAAGCCGGUCCCUCGGCUUUCCAGAACAUUGGAGCAAACUAUUAUUGGGUGUUUGUUGGAUCUAGUGCCUUCUUCCUCGUCUUUGGCUGGUUCUAUUUCAAGGAGACUAAAGAUCUCACGCUGGAGCAAAUUGCAAAACAGUUUGGAGACGACCUCGUGCCAGUCACCGAAGAAGAUAUUCGCAAACUGGAAACGGAAGAAAACAAAGGCGACGCCAGCUCGGCGGGCGGCAGUGCGGAGAAGCAGCAGGCGGAGAUUGAGCAUGUUGAGAACGGUGUCUGAUACGCUUCGCAUCGCAACGACAGUUGGACCAGUUUUCUUUGGAUCAGUUCGCCAAAUAAUGCAUGUCUCGUUCUCAGCGAAUUAUCGAGUCUUCAGCGGCUACAUUGUAUUAGGCUGUGUGUAUAAAAGCAUGUGGUGGAAAGUCGAAAA